AUCGUAACAAACAAACGCGGUUUCUUUCUUGCGCCUUAAAAGGCUAAAACCCUUGUAUUCUACAGUCUUGAGCGUUGCACGAAAAGUGUGACACACACAUAGCAGAGGGGUUUUGGGUUCGGAGUGAGACAGACACGAACACUCCCAAGACGAGGCGGAAACGAAGACGGUGGUGAGCAACUAUGGGAGCUCUUGCUACAUUAGCCCCUUGGAUUCCCGAGGACGAUCUUUUGCUCAAGAACGCCGUUGAGCUUUUAAUUUGUAGGCGGGUGCUUCACUAGAGUCACUUGCCAAAGGUGCAGUGCAAUUUUCUCGAAAAUAUAGUAUCAGAGAGAUACAAGAUAGGUGGUAUUCUCUCCUCUAUGAUCCUGUCAUUUCUGCAGAAGCUUCUGCGGGUAUGACAAACUUUGAGCUUUCAGCUUCGCCUCUCCCAUCGAAGUUUUACAGGUUUGGACAUUCCAAGGAACAGAAAGUUGUUUCAGCUAAGAGAAAGUCUGGAAGUGUUCGCAAUUUGUAUUAUGCAAGGUGCAAAAGAAUUCGAAAUAGCAUGUUAACUUCCAUGGACUUGAGUUUUCUAGUGGAUCCAGGAAAUGGUAAUUAUGCAGAGCAUGAAAGUCACCCCUUAUCUGGAACCUGCGUGCCUGAAGGUGGAACGUUAAAUCUCGCUGUUCAGUAUGAUUUUCCUCCUGAAAAUGUGAUGGAUGAUAAUGUGGUUUCUGAUGGAGUUACUGCCAAUGUGUUUUUCUCUGGAGUUGAAAGGGCAGUUGAAGAGAAUUUUCCUGCCAAGCUAAAUAAUGUACUUAAGGAAGAACCUCAUUUUAUUGGAGACAACGUGCCUUUGGAUGAAGCUGUUGAGGAAUUGGAUGUUCCUGGAGAAUUGACUAUUGAUGGGUGGAUUGGUGACGAUAAUUUAGAGAGAAUACCUUUGCCCACCUUAGAUGACAUCAACAAUGAUCCUGGAAAUAUGUGUCCUGAUUUUGAUGAAAAAAGUGUAUUUGAUUCAACCGAGUUAGAGUGUGGAACUUCUUUUAACUUAGCUUCACUUCCUGAAAUACCAGUCUGGAGUACAGAUGAGGGCAUCAAAGAGUCUGAUAUGCCAUGCGAUGGUUUUAAUGAUUCGAUUGCUUGUGGAGGCGCUUAUUUGGAAGAACUUUCCAAUUCCCUCCUCAACUUUAGUAGUGAGGAAGAGCUCUUUCUGAUGGAUGUUGAUGGAGAAGAAGGGAUUGACAAAUCUUACUUGGAUGGUCUGAGUUCGCUCCUGCUAAAUUCUACAAAUGAUGUUAAUCCAAGUCAAGUCCCUAAAAAGGAUGAAGCAGAGCUGCAAGUCCCUAAAACAGAUGGAACAGAGUCCUUGAUGGCCACACAAGCACAUGUUCUAAAUCAUUCAGUUUCAUGUUAUAAAGAGUUAGAAGACAACCCAGGGUCAACCUCUAGUGGUGUACAAGUAGUUCACAAAUUAGAGUUCCAAAUGUCAUCUCCUCCCUUGGCUGAAGAUCCCCUCUUUCAUGAACUAAAUAACGAAGUUCCUUCCUGUUCCCUAAACACCGAGGAACAAGAAAUUCCAGAUAAUGAAGACGUUUUCCUACCAUUUGAUGUGCCUCCUGUCAUAUUUCCCCCUUCAUCUAAACUGAUUUUUAAAGCAUCCAAGAAACCGAUUUCGUCAUCUGUUCAGGAUUAUGGAUUUAAUAGGCAUAGAGCUAAUGAAAGAGGCAAAUCUUUGAUGCAUGCAGAGAAGAAAAUCCGUGUAGAAUCUCAAUCAUCUUCUCAGAUGAUGGGAUCUCCUUGCUUCCUGGUACCUGAUGGUGGUUCUAAGGUAAAAUGCGAGUUGCCUGCUAAUCAUACAUCACACAUAGUAUCUACCAGUUCUGUUACUGUUUCUGGUGGCUUAGGUGGAAAUGGUGUUGCAAACACUACAAAUGCUCCUCUGCAUGCAAAUAAAAAGGAAGAAGCUACCAAUGCUGACUUGGCAAAGGAUCGAUGCAAUCAUAUGGCAAAUCCUUUCAUUAAGAAAUCAGCAGGUAGUUCGAUUGACUUACGAAAUAAUCCCCAAUUUCAUGGUUCUAGCAUGAAGAAUGAACAAGAUUUAGGUUUGUCACUUCAAGAUCACCAGUUGAAAUGUGCUGAAGUUGGAUCCUCAGAUGUUCUUGACUCGGAGCUGGUGGCAGACCCCCUAACACUAGAUGAGGAAGAGCAUGAUAUAGACAGUGACGAUGAGCUUCCAUCUUAUUCUGACGUAGAAGCAAUGGUACUUGAUAUGGACUUGGAUCCUGAUGAUCAUCAGGAUUCUUGUUAUAGUGAGGAAGUAUCAAGAUAUCAACAUGUGGAAAGUAAGCGAGCUGUCAUGAGGCUGGAACAGGGUGCCCAUUCUUGUAUUCAGAGAGCCAUUAAUGCACAUGGAGCAUUUGCCAUCUUAUAUGGUCGCCACUCAAAGCAUUAUAUUAAGAAACCCGAGGUUCUACUUGGUCGAGCGACGGAAGGUUUUCCUGUAGACAUUGACUUGAGCAAAGGAGGGUAUAGCAAUUCAAUAUCUCGACGUCAGGCAAUUAUAAAGAUGGAUAAAGAGGGGUCAUUCUACAUAAAAAACUUCGGCAAGAGUUCAAUCCUGGUAAAUAGCAAAGAAGUGCACACUGGUCAGUCUCAAAGAUUGCAUACUAAUUAUCUAAUUGAGGUGAGGGGCAUACCUUUGAUAUUUGAGAUAAAUCAAAAUCGUGUGAAGCGGUACCUGGAUCACAUUUCUGACAAUUCACAAACCUUUUAGUGUUGAUUGUAAAUGAAGCAAGAGGUCCACUAACACAGAAGGUGCUUAUUUUUACUGCACUUUCUGAUUUUUGAUAAAUGGUAAGCAAUGUCAUUGCAUUUAUUGGUGAA